UCUCUCUCUCUCUCUCUCUCUCUCUCUCUCUCUCUCUCUCUCUCUCUCUCUCUCUCUCUCUCUCUCUCUCUCUCUCUCUCUCUCUCUCUCUCUCUCUCUCUCUCUCUCUCUCUCUCUGCGUCGCGACAUCACAGCCAAAAUGCCGUCACGUGACAUCGACAGCUACGUCACACACCACCCCAAGUCAAGCAGGUCCUCGUCUUCGUCAAGCAGGGUGGCGCGGCAGUUCACGUGGCUGGAGGUUCUGUGGCUGGGCGUGGUGGUGGUGUCCUACUUGAUGGGAUACGCCGUGCAGAUCAGCAUCAUAACCGAGCGGUACAGCCUGGAGGAACAGCCCGUCAACAGAGGCCUCUACGUUGUCUUCUUCCUCCUGCCGCACCUCCUCGCCGGACUCAAGAACCUACAGUACCACCACCGGGAGUCCACGGAGGAGGAGGGCGAGGACGGCGCAAUGGGCUGGCUGGUUCAUGUGUUCUUCCUGCCCUUCAGUCCCCUCAUCAGAUUGGUCCGGGCUGUGCGGUUCGGGAUGCAAGAGAAGGAGAACUGGGAGGACGGCAUUAGGUUCCUGGAUGAAAUGGUGACCCUGGGAGUAUUGCGGCUUUUCGAGGUGUUUCUGGGAGACGGGCCCACGCUCUGUCUGCUGGCCCGCGAUGACGUGUGGGGCAGCUCCAGCGACUGGCAGGUGCAAAUCAACGGUCCCCAGCUGGCACCAGGAUGCGGACCUAUGUGUCAGGUGGACGAGCCAGCUCCCAUAAACUUCUGGACCGUGUUUCGCAUGCUGUUCCUCCUUUCCAAGAUGGCCCAGUGCAUAACCUUCUAUCUCGUAAUGGUGAAGCGUCUGCAGCGCCUCCAGCACCCACACCAGUAUACCCACCUACGGGAGGGCAACGCGAAACAAGGGCGUGCCAACAUUUUCGCUACGCUGAUUCUUUAUGUGGCUCAUUUCUUCUUCAUAGGGUCGCGCAUCAUGGGGUACAGCAUGGUGAGCGCCUCUUGGGGACCCUGGGUGUACCUCAUCGUCGGGGGACACUGGCUGCUCAACACUACCUGGCAUCUCAUCACCGUGGUCAACUCCAAGGGACUCACGGCGGCAAGAUCCAUGUCGUCGCUGGUGAUGGGCGGCGUGUGGCUGAUCGCCCUCACCAACGAGCAGGGAGGCCGCCAGCUGGGGCGCUUCAUCCUCUACUACUCUCUGGCCUUCGCGGAGAGCGCUAUUUGUGGCUUCAUGUGGAACGCGGCCAUGGCGGGCAGCGGAGACUACUUCGAGGUCAAGGCGCCGUGGGCACUCCUGACGGUAUUCAUGCUUGGAAUCCUCGCGCACAUGAUCUACUACGCCGUCUGUCACCCCGGCUCCCCUUCCAUCUCCUCACGCGGCUUCCUCUGCUGCUCUGGUAACCGCUGGGACCCCAUAGAUGAGGAGGACCGCAUGUAGAACCACGCUGGGGCUCACGAGGUCGGCGGCGUGGAUGGAGAAGCACCGGUGACGUGUAGUGACGGAGAGACAGUCCCACUAGCGAAUACUGAGGCGAGUGGGAGAGCGAGGUUCCUUCCAGCACAAGUCUACGCCGUCUCCAAUAACAAAGAGGUUUAUGGGAGAUGCUUGGGUGUCGAGGAUUGGCAGCGGUGGUGGUGGUAGUGGUGAAGGCUGAAGGCGAAGGGAAAGCCUAAAGCGAGUUGACUAAAUGAUACGUGCCGAAUCUUCAGGAAGCUUUCAAAUAUUGGACAAGUUUAAAGAUGGGGAUGAUGGCUGGAAAUCUGCACUGUAUGUAGGGCGUUUUACACACGGACUGCCACGUGUAGCGUAGACCUGAUGGUUUCUUGCAGCUUCCCUUGUUUUCUGACGUUAUCAUGUAAUAUUAAGACGGUUAUACCAGGUCGCGGAGACAAGAUGUCUUUAUCAAGGCUGGGGGAGAAUUGACUCUAAAUUGCUCCCUUGUCUCAAGGUAAGAAAAAAGACUAAUAUACCGAUAGGCUCUCUUCCUCCUCUCCUGCGUCCCUCAAGAGAAUCCUUACGCCACGCAGGCAACACCAAACCUGUACUUUGAAACACUUUGCUCUCUCACCCUGAGGUUGUUAAUCUGUCACUACAGCCGUAAAAACUUGCUUAAGAAACUUGUGUAACUUCAGUUAGAGCCUUUCAAAUGCAGUUGUGGCGUAAACAUGCUUCAGAAUAUAGUACAAAUUAAAGGAGAUAGAAAAGAGGGAUGAAGUAGGAGAGAGAAAAGAUUGAAGAAUUGAAUAGGAUAAGCCGAAAUAGAUAUUAAAGUAUAAAAAAUAAAGUGCAUUUAAUGAGAGAGAGAGAGAGAGAGUAAUGUUGCAGAAGUGUAACCGCAACUGCUACAAAAACACUUUUAACCACACUCUUCAUGGAACGAAGUUCGUGUUUGCGUGUUCCCUGCGUGGCUAUGGGUUGACGUAUCGGACGGAGGAGAGAAGGAAAUGGAGCGCCUCUCAGUAUGGUAGUCUUUCUUAUAUCCCCUGCUAGCUCUCGACACCCUGGCUGGUAGAGACGAGUGGAACACACCGUGAAAGGUUUCAUAAAAGAAAAAAAAAAAAAGUUUCAUAUCAAAAUCAGAAACAGCAUGUGUGUGUGUGUGUGUGUGUGUGUGCAAUAAAUAUUGUAAAAUAUACACUUAAUAAACUAAGAUGUAGGAAAUACGACAUGAUAAAGAGGAAAAGAAGAAAAAAUACUGAAAAAAAAUGGUAGAAGAAAAUGAAAUAGUAUUCUUCUGAGUGAGGACAACAGACAGUAACAUGAAAAUGGAUGCAGAGCAAAAUUGAAGAUGAAAUCAUUUUCAAGAAGUGAAACAUAAAAAAUAAAUAAAUAAAUAAAUAAAUAAAUACACACAUGAAUGGUGUAUAAAAAGUCUAAUAUUGUUCAUGGUAAGAAUGUAACAGUACAUACUGUACACAGCGGGAAUAUGCUAAGACUGUAGUGAAGGGAAAAAAGCAAGCUAUUAACCAGUCCUGACUUAAUGGACACAAUGCCCUGACACAAGAGCCUUCUUUUCACCACCAAAACUUGAACACAUUUCCAAAUCGUAUAUCAUCUUUAAUUUCUUUUCAUAGUAUCAUCUGCACCACAUGCAGACACAUGAAGGCAGCAAUGCUCCUGAUGCAGCCUCCUGGUGAUGAAAAAAUAACUUUGAACACAUCCAUUCAACUCUGUGCCCAGCAUGAUGCACAGGGGGUACUGAUCACAAACCUGACAAGAAGUAAAUCAUUGAAAACAAACAAUCACAAUAUUUUGUAGUAUAUUUUUGUAGCAUUAGUGUUGUUGUAGUAAAUAUCCCUGACUUAUAAGUACCAUAGUAGUAACUAGGGUUGCUCAUUGUUCUCAUUAAGAGGAAGACAGUUAUCAGUCCUCUCAAUUAUCAAUAUCAUAACUUUUUUUAUUGAUGUUAUUAUUGUUGUUGAUAUGCUUGUGGUUUGAAAAUAUAUUUAAUACUUAUA